AUGGCGAAACGCUCGUACACAAGCAUGCCAUCAAAGAAACAGAAGGACCCGUCUCAGCUCAAAGCUCUCGCCCAAGAAGUCAAAUCAAAGCCAUCCAGCUCCAAAUCUCAGCUACAUACCAAAUAUCAAGAAGCAUUGCCACCUACACUUUCACAAAGGCAUGCGCCAUCCGGCCGCACGGCAAAUGAGGCCGCGCCGCGCCGAAUUGCAAUGCCACGGUCAAAACUACCAUCCGUCCACAAUCCACGGAUUCAGACGCCAUGGGAGAAUGUGAGGCCACCGAGAGAGGGCCAGCGUGAUAGAACGGACGAGUUGCGCGCUGAGAUGGAGUGGUAUUUCAACCUUCCGGACCAAUUCCCAGCAGCCAGGAAACCCAAUGGCUAUCACUAA